CGGUCCGGACUGGUGAUGGCUGCCACGCGCGCAGUGCCCCGCGCCCGAGAGAUCUUCAACACGCUGGAGUACGGACCGGUACCGGAGAGCCACGCAUGCGCACUGGCCUGGCUAGACACGCUGGACCGGUGCUUGGGUCACUAUGUAAAUGGAAAAUGGUUGAAGCCGGAACACAGGAAUUCAGUGCCUUGCCAGGAUCCCAUCACAGGAGAGAACUUGGCCACUUGCCUCCAAGCACAGGCCGAGGAUGUGGUGGCAGCUGCAGAGGCUUCUAGAACCGCGUUGGAAAACUGGAGUGGAGUCCCUGGAGCCUCUCGGGCCCAGCACCUGACCAGGCUGGCCAAGAUGAUACAGAAGCAUCAGCGGCUGCUGUGGACUCUGGAGUCCCUGGUUACUGGGCGGGCCGUUCGAGAGGUUCGAGACAGGGAUAUCCCUCUGGCCCAGCAGCUGCUCCAGCACUAUGCAGUCCAGGCACACACCCAGGAGGAGGCGCUGGCAGGCUGGGAGCCCAUGGGAGUAAUUGGUCUCAUCUUGCCACCCACGUUCUCCUUCCUUGAGAUGAUGUGGAGGAUUUGCCCUGCCCUGGCUAUGGGCUGCACUGUGGUGGUCCUCGUGCCCCCGGCCUCCCCAACACCCCUCCUCCUGGCCCAGCUGGCAGGGGAGUUAGGCCCAUUCCCAGGAAUCCUCAACAUGAUCAGCGGCCCUGCCUCCCUGGGGCCUGUCUUGGCCUCCCAGCCUGGAGUCCAGAAGGUGGCCUUCUGUGGAGCUGUUGAGGAAGGACGUGCCCUUCGGCGGACCCUGGCAGGCAUAGGUCCAGAGCUGGGCCUGGCACUGGGGGCCGAGUCACUGCUGCUGCUGACAGAGACGGCAGAUGUGGAUUCGGCUGUGGAGGGCAUCGUGGAUGCAGCCUGGUCCGAUCGCAGCCCGGGAGGCCUCAGGCUUCUCAUCCAGGAGUCUGUGUGGGAUGAGACUAUGAGGAGGCUCCAGGCGCGGAUGGGGCGGCUUCGUAGCGGCCGAGGGCUGGACGGGGCCGUGGAUAUGGGAGUCCGAGGGGCUGCUGCAUAUGAACUAGCCCAGCGCUAUGUGUGCGAGGCCCAGAGCCAGGGCGCACAGGUGUUCCAGGCUGGUGAUGUGCCUUUAGAUAGCCCAUUCUUCCCCCCAACUUUGGUCUCUGACCUACCCCCAGCCUCCCCAUGUACCCAGGCAGAGGUGCCAUGGCCUCUAGUUGUGGCUUCCCCAUUUCGCACAGCCAAGGAGGCAUUGGCCAUGGCCAAUGGGACGCCCCGAGGAGGGAGUGCCAGUGUGUGGUGUGAGAGGCUGGGGCAAGCCCUGGAACUGGGCUACAGGCUCCAAAUGGGCACAGUCUGGAUCAAUGCCCACGGCCUCAGGGACCCUGCAGUGCCCACAGGUGGCUGCAAGGAGAGUGGAUCUUCCUGGCACGGGGGCCUAGAUGGCCUAUAUGAGUAUCUGCAGCCUUCAGGGACCCCUGCCCGGCUGCCCUACCUUUCUGAGAAUAUGAACUAUGACACCUUUGGCCUUGCUGUCCCCUCAACCCUACCUGCUGGGCCUGAAACAGGGCCCAGUCCAGCACCCCCCUAUGGGCUCUUCGUGGGAGGCCGUUUCCAGGCUCCUGGGUCCAGGAGUUCCAGGCCCAUCCAGGACUCACACGGCAAUCUCCAUGGCUAUGUGGCUGAGGGUGGAGCCAAGGAUAUUCGAGGUGCUGUGGAGGCUGCUCACCAGGCUGCCCCUGGCUGGGUGAGCCAGUCGCCAGGGACCCGGGCAGCCCUGCUGUGGGCACUGGCAGCUGCCCUGGAGCGCCGGGAGUCCACCUUGGCCUUGAGACUGGAGAGGCAGGGAGUGGAGCUCAAGGCAGCCAAGGCGGAGGUGGAGCUGAGUGUGAGGCGGCUUCGGGCAUGGGGGGCACGCGCCCAGACCCAAGGCCACUACCUGCAGGUAACUGAGCUGAGAGGCCCUGUGCUCCGGCUUCGGGAGCCGCUGGGAGUGCUGGCUAUUGUGUGCCCGGAUGAGUGGCCCCUGCUUGCCUUUGUGUCCCUCCUGGCCCUCGCCCUGGCCUAUGGCAACACUGUGGUUUUGGUGCCCAGCGGGACCUGUCCCUUCCCUGUCUUGGAUGUCUGCCAGGAUAUGGCUACCUUGUUGCCAGUGGGCCUGGUGAAUGUGGUGACAGGAGACCGGGACCACCUGACCCGCUGCCUGGCUUUGCACCAGGAUGUCCAGGCCCUGUGGUAUUUUGGAUCUGCCCAGGGCUCCCAGUUUGUGGAAUGGGCCUCGGCAGGAAACCUGAAGCCCGUGUGGGUGAACAGGGGCUGCCCGCGGGCCUGGGAUCAGGAGGCCAAGGGGACAGGCCCGGAGCUAGAGCUUCGGGCAGCGCGAACCAAGUCCCUGUGGCUGCCCAUGGGGGACUGAUGCCUGAGUGCCACCCACUCCAUCUUGGACAGUGGAAAGUUGGAUCCCGACAGAUUCCAGAUGCUUGGAACUUUCCUCUUACUUUGUUUUCUGUGCCCUCAAAUAAACUCUGACCAACCUUG